AUGGGAGGAUCAUACUCCAAAUCUGUUACUAUUGACAUCGGCAAGCGUCCCGAAGGAUCUGGGAAUAAAAAAGUUCGACAAGAUGCUAAAGGAGGAUAUUACUACACCAAUGAAGUUGGUGUAAGAGUUAAUCUAACGGUGGAAAAUUACCCUGAUAGAGAUGGCUCAUACACUAAACUUACGCAUACUCCUGAAAAUGGUGAACUUGGAACUAUAAAGCAUGGUAGAGGUUUUUACUUCCUAAGACCAGAACCAACGGAUGAAUCCAGUGUUUCCGUCUAUUACUGGAAAUAUGACACUAGUCAUGAAAAGGUUCUCCUAAUUCAGCUUGGAGAUGGGGACCCCUCAGUCUACUAUACUACUAGUAGCAGUACUAAUGGUAUUGUGUGGAAAAACGAUGAACAUUCCAAGAUAAAAGAGGAUUCUCUGAAGGAGCUGAAUAAGCAGAACUGUUUGAGGAAUGAAGCACACGCUAUAAAUAUAUCAGAAAAAAGUGAAUCUUAUCAAUGCCCUAGUUGUACAAAAUACAAAAUCGAUAUAUUACUUGAUCGUGAAAAGCAAUAUUAUAUUCAUAGUUUUACUGUAACUAAAAAUAAAGAAUCACCUUCCAUUUCCAGAUUCUUUGAAGGGGAUUUAGAACAAACUGGAUUCCCAUUUGUAGCCGGUAUGAAUAACAUAUGUGUUUAUUGGUCUUCUGGUAGAAGCUCUGCACCUCUCCUAAUCUACUUCUUUAUUGGAGGCUACCACUGGUACAGUAGAUAUCUGGGAGAGACUCACUGGGAGAUAGAGAAGAGUUUGAAGAAUUCUCAGGCUAGUGAGAAGAGCAAUAUUCCAACUAUCCUCAAGAAGUAUGCUACACCUAAAGUAAUUUUAGACGCUUCUAAGACAGAAACUGGUAAUGGUACAUAUAAUCCAAGAAGAAACACCCUAACGUUCAGAGUGUCCAAAGACACUGUUGAGCAAUCUUAUGCUCAGUAUAUCCACAAUAAAGAUGAUAGUGGAAGUUUUAGGCUAAAGGAUAUUGAACAUCAGGGAAUCCCACUUGAUAUAAAUUCUGAGGAUCUUCUAGCCGAGGUAUCUAUAUUCUAUUGGGAUGGUGAUAAUAACCGUGAUAAACCACUACUGAUAGAACUGAAGCUGCAAAGUCAAGCUACAUACAAGUAUUACCAGAAACUUGGUAAGAAUGUUGUAUGGACAGAAUAUUCUAGAUCGGAAGAAACUACUCAACAACUGACAGAAGAUCCUCUAAAGAAGAAACUAGACGAAUUAUAUGCUAUACAUUUUCCAUCGAACCUUUCUACUAUAUUGGGAGCAUCGUUUGGAAGUGGAAUAGGUGGAACAGGGUUGGGUGCUCUUGCCGUAUGGAAAGGACCCGCUCUACUCGCAAAACUAAUAACUCGUCUGUAA